UGUUCCUGCAUCAGUCGCCACAGCUAAAGAGGGUUGCGAGGAUGAAGCCCAAAAUGUUCCUGAUUGGUUCUGUGUGGUUGUCUCUUUGCUGCCUGCUUCAUGCUCAACCAGAGGGGACUGGUUUUCCUCUGGACAUGGCUGUGAACUCUGUUGAUGACAUGUACUCUACCUGUGCUGCAGACAUGGAGACAAAGGUCAAGGAGAAGUACUUUGAAGAGGACAUGAAAAAUAAUUUAUUCAAGAAGGUGUGGAACGCAGCAAAACAAUGUGCAGAGAGAAAUAUGAAACAAAAAGAACCAGUAGAUAAGGCUCUAACAGAGAAUCACAUGCAAGCAAUUUGUGUUUACACAGCAGGAGGAAAAGAAAACUUCUAUAACGUAUUCAACAAAGCAGUCCGGACCAAUAGACAACAAUAUAGUUCAUCCUUUCCAUUCCAUUCUUUACAUUUCUGGCUGACCAGAGCAAUACAGAUCCUCAAAAACAAUCAUAAUGAAUGUUACACAACUUUCCGUAAAACCAAAGAUAUCUUCACUGGUAAAGUCAACCAAAAAAUGCGAUUUGGUAAUUUUGCCUCCUCCUCCAAAAAAUCAACUCUGAGAAAGUUUGGUGAGACAACAUGCUUUAAAAUUACAACCUGUCAUGGAGCUUAUUUGAAAAACUACCCAAAGCUUGAAGAUGAUGAGCAGGAGGUGCUGAUUCCACCUUAUGAGACGUUCAAGAUAAUCAGCAAAACUAAACCUCCAGAACUUGACGACUGUAAGACUGUCUAUGUUCUGGAACCUACUGGGGUCCAAAGCAAUCUUGACUGUCAAGUUGCAAACCAAAUAAUUUUGUGAUUUUCUUUCUUCACAUGCAUAAAUUUAGAACAGUUUCAUCUUGUUCUAAAUUCACACCUGGCUGAUCUUUAAAGAGAAAGUUCAGAUUGAUCUCAAUCAACUUCCUCACUUAAAAUAAACCUGCAGAAAUUUAGGCUGUAGCGUAAAGCUAAUGUCGAGCUUCUCUAUGCUACUUAGAACCGUUUAACUGCUGCAAGCUGAAGCUUUGGGUUUGCUUCAAGGACAGGGUUUUUAAACCAUCGUUUUGCUAAUGUGAAAGUAUUUCUGCUGGAAGAAAAUACUGUUCAUUUUCUUUAUUCUGUGCAACUUCAAUAAAUACAUUAAUAAGUAAA